CUGUAAGAACUGCAGGCUCCUUCCAGCUGUUCUCAGACCCACAAUGGCUAAGAGAGUGCUAGCCCUUGUCUUCCCUGGUCUCCUCUGCCUGGUGGGGGUGAUAGGGAUCUUACUGCUGGCUCUGCCCUCCAGGGACAUCAGAGACUCCCCAAAAUACAAGUAUGGCAUAGUGCUGGACGCAGGGUCUUCUCACACGGCCCUAUUUAUAUACAAAUGGCCAGCCGAUAAGGAAAAUGAGACCGGCAUCGUCAGCCAGCACAGUAUGUGUGACGUGGACGGUCCAGGUAUUUCAAGCUAUUACCAAGAUCCACCCCAGGCAGGAAAAAGCCUAGAAGUCUGUCUGAACCAAGCUGUGAAGGAUGUUCCCACCAACCGCCACUCAAUUACCCCCAUUUACCUGGGAGCCACCGCUGGCAUGAGGAUACUCAACUGGACUAAUCCUGUUGCCUCAGACAAGGUCCUAGAAGCAGUAAGCACCACCAUAAGGUCCUAUCCUUUCGAUUUCCGAGGAGCACGUAUCCUUUCUGGUCAAGAUGAAGGAGUGUUUGGUUGGGUCACUGCCAACUACCUCCUGGAGAACUUUAUAAAGUAUAGCUGGAUUGGACGUUGGUUGCAGCCCACGAAAGGGACUCUUGGAGCAAUGGAUUUGGGGGGAGCGUCUACUCAGAUUACUUUUGAGACAAAGGCUAAAAUCGAAGAUCCAACAAACCAGAUGGUCUUGCGUCUUUAUGGCCAGACAUACCGGGUGUACACCCACAGCUUUCUGUGCUAUGGACGAGACCAGGUGUUGAAGAGAGUCCUUUCUAAAGUACUCAAGUCGCAGUCCUACGCAACUGCCGUUCAAAAUCCAUGUUGGCCGAAAAAUUACAACAAGUCCUUGACCUUUGGAGAUGUCUAUGAGUCGCCAUGCACUGGCAAAGAGAAACCACCAAACUACAACCCCACUGCAACACUCAGCAUGACGGGCAGUGGCGAUGCCGGUCAGUGUACUGCACUGGUGCAAAGUCUCUUCCAGUUUUCCACUUGCACCUUUUCCUCCUGCUCCUUUGACAGCGUCUUCCAGCCCAACAUUUCUGGAAAUUUCAUCGCUUUUGCAGGCUUUUAUUACACAACAGACUUCAUUAAGUCUGUGAUGAAGAUGCCGGUGGAUUCACUUGAAAACUUCAAAGCGGCCACCAAUUCCGUGUGCUCGUCUUCCUAUAGCGAUCUGGUUGUUAAAGCCCCUCCAUUUCUGCAGAAACAUCUUAACGGCUAUUGCACCACAGCCAACUUUAUCUACCUGUUGUUAAGCCAAGGAUACCGCUUUAAUGAAGAGACAUUCCCCAACAUUGCUUUCCAGAGAAAGGCCGGAGACACAUCCAUUGGCUGGGCUUUGGGUUAUAUGCUUAAUCUCACCAAUAUGAUCCCAGCAGAAGCUCCCUCCAGGUUUAAAGCAGUCACCUUCAGUUCCUGGUCAGCCCUCGUCUUCCUCUUCGUUCUCAUUGUCAUUCUAUCCUUAUUCACUAUCUGCACCAACUACCGUUCUAGCAAGCAACAGCAAACCAUUUGACUUUAGCUCUUCCAAGGCCAAGGUUGAAUUGUACUUUCCAUCUCUAGCUCAAGGCCUUCUCCAGGCCAAUCACCAUGGUCUCCGUGGUUUUUAAAGGACGUAACAGAGACAUUUUGGGUGUUGGCUCCACAAGUAAUCUAACUCAAAUGCCUUGGACUCAAACCAGCUCAUCACUGAACAAAGCCUGGAUGGUGAUCUUGAGUUGUCGCACAAAUCAACCCUCUUAAGAUCCUUUCUUUCCACUAAUGUGUCGAUCAUAUAUUUAUACAAAUGACCCAUCAUAUAUUAUCCUAUCUGUCCCUUCCACAAAUCACACAGGAGCAGCUAGAAAACCAGUUAUACAGGACUGGCUGUCCCUCUGGAAAGCCAGCAGGUAUCUCACCCUGGAAAUACACACCUUUAGAAAAAUACUACUGUUUGUUUUUGCUUGGUUUUUAAACAUAUGUAUGGACUUCUAAUUGAUAUUGUACAUGGAUUUAGGAUGUCCCGUGGCUGUUUUGGUGUAUCUGUCAUUUUUCUGCUGAGAUUGCUACACAAAUCUGGUCCACUUCUGCUGCCCAUGGUCCACAUUGUUUUAGUAUAUUCUUACAGAAAUAGGGGUGGAAUUUCAUUCAUAAACCCCUAAGCCCUAGUACUACAUGUACACCUACCCUCGAUAAAUGAACAGGUGGUAUUAAGGAUAGAGUGGGUGACACAAUGGGCUGGACAGAAUGGGCAAUGGCUAUGGGUGCAGCUAAGAUUGAGCAGGGCCACGUAUAUUCUAUGUCCAACUACAAACAAUGAUGCUCUAUGCAACUGCCUAGGGGUGAGGGUCCACGUGGCUGUAGCCCAUUUUCUAACCACUGCAUAGAGUGGAGUUGUGAAGGAUUCCAUCCUAUCAUUACAUUCCCAAUGCUCCCGUAUCCGAAUUAAAAAGACAGCAGUAAUAAUGUAUCAAUCCUCGCAGUGAUCAUCGGUGGUAACUUUAAAUAUCAACAGAUUUACUGGUGUCUCAGAACCCGAUGGCAAUCUCAGUCCAGAGUGCAUCUCUGACCGUUUGCAGGUGAAGGAAACAAACUUGGAUUGGUUCCUAGAUUAUUGGAAUACAUGCUGUUCACGUAGAGGACGUAUUUUUAAAAAAAAAAAAAUAUUCUCUUUAUUUUUUUGUUUUCUUCUGUUUGGCAAUUAUUACAAAUAAAACAAUACAUCUGACA